AUGACCAUAUGUAUCAAGAAUGUUGAGGAUAAGGAUGCGUGUGGCAUUGCAUCUUUGCAGGAUAAGAGCUUCACCUUUAUCUUGAAGACACCUCCUGCCUCAGUACUGCUCCUCAAGGCUGCAGUUUAUCUUAGGCUUUAUAGCUGCUCAGUGAACUACAUGGUUCCUUAUCUCCAUUUUAUUAAUUCUGAUUCCCAAGCAUCGAAAAAGGCUCAAAGGAGCCACAGCGACCAAGUACGCACGAUCGCCCAGGAGAAGUUGCCUGACUUGAACUGCAAAACCAUCAAGUCCGCCAUGAGAAUCAUAGCGGGCACUGCCGCUAACAUGGGCAUCGAUGUUGACCCGCCGAUCCUCGUGAAGAAGAGAAGGUGGUCGAAUUGA